AUGACUUUCAAUAUCAAAUCAGUUGCGAUUAUAGGAGCUGGACCAUCCGGACUAGCUGCCUUGUAUGAAUUUCUUCAUACUUCAAAAGAGGGUACAAGUACCUUUGGAAGCGUAGAAGCUCUGGAGAUAGCUUUCGAGAAAAUUGUAGUGUUUGAGCAGAAGUCCGGUCCUGGGGGCGUAUGGUGUAAAAUAGAUUCGAAAUCUGACUCUCAGGUACCUUUAGAGGAAAUCACAAAAUUCGAGGAAUACUUUAAAGCUGCAACCUUGCAACCUAAUACACCAAACCACGAAGAAGAAAAAAAUAGCCCUACAGAAAACAAAGGGAUUGAGUCCAAUAUAUUCGAGCUGCGGUUAUCAUGGGAUGGAAGUGCUUUAUUCAGUUAUCUUUUUACAAAUGUGCCAAAGAGAUAUACGCGAUUCUCAUCUAUGGACCACGAGUUAGUUGAUGAUACAAGUCCAAUUAAUCCUUUUAUAAUGCACCAUCAAUUAAAUGCUUACAUUGAGAACUUUAUAGAGAAAAGCUCAUUAGAAAAGUAUAUUAGAUACAAUACCGAGGUAAGAAAAAUAACAAAGAGGGACGGUGAAUGGCAUCUUGCAUUGAAGCAUGGAAAUAAGAAUUUGAAAAAAGUUGACUGGUAUGAAGAAACUUUUGAUGCCAUCGUGGUUGCUAAUGGCCAUUAUAAUGUACCAUAUAUACCAUAUAUCGAAGGUCUCAAAGAAUAUGCGAUUAAGUAUCCUAGCUCAGUCAUUCAUUCAAAGUUUUUUAGGGGUCACGAAAAAUUCAGGGACAAGAAAGUCGUACUUGUCGGUAGCUCAAUUAGUGGACUUGGUCUAACACAAUAUAUCAAACCUGUGUCAAAAGAUUUUAUUUUAUCUCGGCGCUUAAGAGAUGAGAAAUUAGAAUGGAUGAACGAUAUCAUUCGAUCUGAAGAAUUCAAAGUUAAACCUCCCAUAAAAAAAUUUAUACCUAACAAUAAAGAGAUAGAGUUUGAGGAUGGAUCGAAAGUCCGGGAUUUCGAUUUUGUUUUGUUGACAACAGGGUAUCAUUAUCAUUAUCCCUUUUUUGAAGAAAAUUUUCUCACUCUAUCAGUCCCAGAGAAUAAAGCAGCUCCCGCAAACAAUUCCAGAGUUAAAAAUCUAUAUUAUAAUAUCUUCAAGAUAGAUGAUCCAACACUCGCAUUUGUUGGAAUAAUUCAAACUGUCCAACUUUUUACAAGCUUUGAAGCUCAGGCAGCUGCUAUUGCGGGUAUUUGGUCUAACGCCAAGAAACUUCCUUCAGAAAAAGAGCAGUACGAAUGGGAAGAUGCCAGGGUUUCACUCACUGGGGAUACUAACGUUUUUCACAUGUUUUCAAAUGAAGGCAUAAAGAAUCAAUAUAUUGACAAAAUUGUGCCAUUUUUCCCUUUCGAGAGACCUUACCCUUUGGGCGACGACUACUUCAAGCAUUUUGACGAUUUUGUUUCUGGAGAAACGGCUUUGAAAACACUUUUUUUUAAUUUACUUCGAGGGAAAUUGAUUUUCAAAGACGGUUCUUACAUUGCGACUGCUAGAUAA